AUGGUGCUUUCAUGGGCUGCCGCCCUCCUCCGCCCGCUUCCUGGUGGUGCCAGGCGCUGCAGCCUCCAGCCUUCUCAGAAUGCCAGUUCUUCCCUUGAGGGGGGAAGAGGGGGCUCCCUGCAGGGCCCCUUUGGCCUCAAGUUCCACGUUCAGCAAAGCCUCACCCCUCUGCCCCCACCCUGGCUCUCACCUCACUCCUCUGCUCCCCGUGAGGAGGAAUCGACCAGGUUUGUCGCUUAUAUGGGGAAAUUCAGGAAGGAUCAUAUCUCUGCACCCCAGGAAUCUGUCCCCUGUGGAGCCCCUCCUAGUUCGUCGUCCUCCUUGUCGUGUUUGUGCAUGUCUGAGUGA